CCUGACUAAAGGGAUAAACAGGUAUGGACUCUGCUGGUGUGAGAACAGAGGGAUCCAGCAUCUGAUCCUGAAUCUGCUCCAGUCCAGGAGGUGACGGAGCCGUCAGGAUUCCUCCCAGUCUGGAUCAACCGUCAGGAAAAGUCCUCAUUUCUCUCUCUAUAGAAACGGCUACAGGUUUUGCAGCAUUUCCAUUUUUUAAGAUCCUGCUGGAGAUAAUGACAGAGUUAAGCUCGUCCGCCUCGUUUCUCGCUGACUUCCUGUUGUGCUUCACUCAGACACGCAGUCCGACACGUCCUGAGGUGGGGGUGUGCCGCCUCGCUGGAUCUCAGCCUCUGAUUUCAUACAGAAACAAUUAGAGGGAGACGAAUCUCCCACCUAGUAGAGAACCAAUCGGCUGCCAAGACGGCUUCUCAUCCACAGGAUUAUUGCAGUCAGCACUAUGACUGAUGGGGAUUAUGACUACCUGAUAAAGCUCCUGGCCCUGGGGGACUCCGGCGUGGGGAAGACAACCUUCCUGUACCGCUACACGGACAACAAGUUCAACCCCAAGUUCAUCACCACAGUUGGCAUCGACUUCAGGGAAAAGAGAGUGAUCUACACUGCAUCGAACCCCAAUGGGACGGCCACGGGGAAAACCUUCAAGGUUCACCUUCAGCUCUGGGACACAGCGGGACAGGAGAGGUUUCGCAGCCUGACCACAGCGUUCUUCAGGGACGCCAUGGGUUUCCUCCUGAUGUUUGACCUCACCAGCCAGCAGAGCUUUCUAAAUGUCCGGAACUGGAUGAGCCAACUUCAGGCCAACGCCUACUGUGAGAACCCGGAUAUCGUCCUGGUGGGGAAUAAGGCCGACCUGGCGGAUCAGAGGGAGGUUCAGGAGAAGCAGGCCAAGGAGCUGGCCGACAAAUAUGGGAUCCCGUACUUUGAGACCAGUGCAGCCACCGGAGCAGAGGUGGACAAGGCGGUGAUAACUCUGCUGGAUCUGGUGAUGAAGAGGAUGGAGCAGUGUGUUGACAAACCGCCCGCGGAUCCAGCCAAUGGGAAUGGAGCCGCCAAGCUCGGGGAGGGACAGCCCGACAAGAAGAGAUGUGCAUGUUAAACCGGAGCUGCUUCUCUGCCCCCCCCCCCGUCCAUCUCUUCCUUUUCUCUCUGUCUGUCCUGAUAGCAUGUUCUCCUAAAAACCAACACGAGCCAGCUUCUCUUUUGGCUCUUUCCAUCUCUCUCCCAUUUCCUGUCUGCAACUCUGACAAUGAAAACAGCUUCAGCUCCCUCUAGUGGACAUUCAAGGUAAUGCAGCCUUGCGAAUGGGACCCUGUCAUGGCUGUCAGACACAUAAUGUGCCUCGCUGAAAGCCUUCAGCCUGGGAAUUAAACUCAGCACGCUCCCAGUUUCUCCCUCUCAUCAUUUGAUAAACCUAAAAAACCCGUUUGAGUUUCAAAUCCAACUUUUUACAUGUUCAUCUGCUAAUUACUUCACAGCAGGGAAAAUGUUGAGUUUCGUGCCAAAUUAGUGCUAAACUGAGUUUAAUGCCAGGCUGGGUGAAUAAAGCUUUUCUCCUGGACCACACUGAGGAUUAGUGGGACCAAUGCGUUUUAAUUCUGUUUCUUUUUGUUAUGUGUUGGACCUGAAUCGACCGCGCAUUCUGGCUACCAGAGAAGCUUUGAUUUAGACGUUUACUGAACAUGUGCCAAAAGUGUUUUGUAUUAAUUGGCUUUGUUGGGACAUAGACAUGGAGGGGCCUGUGAUCAGAAAACUGUUUAUGACGUCUCUUCUGUGACCCAUUUCUUUUAAUUUAUUUGUUAAAUCCAAGCUUGUUUCAUUAAUUUAUGGGUAAUUUUAUAUCAUGCAUUUUAGCUUAAACCAAUCAGGCUGCCCUGAUUGGUUUAAGCUAAUCACAAAGUUCUCACUAUUAACAUUUUAGCAUAAAUAAGAAUAAAAAC